AAUCCAUUUUACGAGCAAAUAUUAGUAGAUGGUAACCGGAACUCCAUUUACGUGUCGCACUUUAAUGCACGUGUGCCGACCAUGGUUAUUGUUCAUGGUUGGCAAAACAGCCCAUAUGUAGGUCUCAAUCCUGUUAUCCGAAAUGCGUAUUUAUCAAUCAGUGACGUAAAUAUUAUAAUUUUGGACUGGCGAUCAGUUGCUCAUCUGAAUUACGUUAAUUCUGUGAUGGGUGUCCCUGAAGUUGGGAAGGCAUUAGGGCAGUUCUUGGCCUUCCUCAGUUCAGACACUAGUACCCCAUUUAGUCGCAUACAUUUAGUCGGGCACAGUUUAGGGGCACAUGUCGUUGGAAAUGCUGGAAGACAGUUGAAUGGGAGAGCUGCUCGAAUCACAGGUUUAGAUCCAGCAGGUCCUUUAUGGUUUAUGAAUCCAAAUAGAUUGACAAAUACUGAUGCAAUGUACGUCGAAGCUAUUCAUACAAAUGGAUUUGCUCUCGGUACAUAUAUGGAACUGGGUGACGCUGAUUUCUACCCAAACGGCGGACUUAUACAACCUGGUUGUUUAACUUCAUCGUGUAGCCACUCCCGUUCAUGGAAGCUUUUCGCUGCAUCCAUUUUAAAUAAGAAAUUCGUAGCACACAAAUGUGAGAAUAAAAUUGAAAUGCUCAUCGACUCAUGUUCAGGUCCAGAGUUAGAAAUGGGUAAUACAAAUUUAAAUAAAACAGGGCGCGGUGUAUAUCGAGUGGAUAUUAGUGACGUAUAUCCAUAUUAAAAAUAUUAUUAAAUUCAA